AUGCAAAACAAUGACAACAAUUGUACAAUUCGGAGGAGACCAGCCGUCGCUGUUGAGAAAAUACCGGAGUCUGAUUUUAAUGUGGUAAAUGAAGACUCGGAGAAUAUUGAUGAGAUCAGAAAUGGCUGUGGUGGUGUCGUGGAAUCGGAGGAGAGUGAAGAGUUGAUAAAUAACAAGAAGGUGGAGGAUAAAAAAACAAAAGAGAAUGGAGAGAGUAGUAAAGGGAUGGAGGCAUCCGCCGUGAAAUUCUCUUACCGGCCAUCAGUACCAGCUCACAGGAGAAUUAAAGAGAGUCCUCUCAGCUCUGACGCCAUCUUCAAAUAG